CACCCGAAGAAGCCAGAGGUGCAAAUGUUCAAGGUCAUCCUCCGCUACCUAUAGAGUUGGAGGCCAUGCUAGUCUAUGUGAGACCCUUUCUCAAACAGGAUAAAGCAAAGCAUACUGUUUGUUACAAUUUAUUUUUCACGAAUAAGUAUAAAUACAGGUUUGCUCUGAGGUUUUCCUGAGAGUGACCACCUACAGCGUAACCUCUUGACGUUCAGGUGCCUCUCAGGUCUGUGGAGGAACGAAUUCGAAGGCAUGUGGAUCACGUGGGUCGCCUCACCUUCCAGGAGGGUUAGAGUGUGGACUUGAUUCGGGCGUGUGACGGGGUACCCGGGACGGCAGCCCUGCUGGGCAUCUGUGGGACACAGCAUUAUCUGGGCUUCAGAUCCGGCUCGCUCCCAAAGUGCUCAGCUCACGAAGCACCCCGAGUCCUGCGUCCCACAGGGCUCCCCAUUCCCAUCUCAUUCGGGAGGUUGGAUGUUCCCGUCUGCACCCAGCGCUUCCGGGGACCACUUUAACGCUCAGCCUCUGUCAUGGGUGCUGGGUCCCGAAUUCUGAAAGACCCGGACAUGGUAUUGCUCGGUCCACCUCAUAGCUCCGAGCUUUUUCCACACCGCUGCUACUGACUUCCACGGGUGGAUGGACGGAUGGAUGGACGGACGGACGGACGGACGGAUGGAUGGAUGGAUGGAUGACGGUGCUUGCGCCGUUCGGAGAGAACCUGAGGAGUGGCGUGCUGUUUCUAUUCCCCACCAGUCUCAAACUCUUGCUUGGUGUUCAUCUUUAUCCCCCAACCCGCAGCUUGCAAAUAAUCACUCCUCCUAGCAAUUGGCCUGGCGCCAGGUCAGGUUUUUGAGUGCGAGGGAGAUCCGGUCUGCACCAGCCCACCUCUCUUGCAACGCCACUAGCGGCACUAAAACGACUUCCAGGGAUUGUGGGAACACUUGGGCAAGGGCCACCCUACAGAGCCGCUAAGGGGUCCCACAAGGACGCAACUCCUUCCGUGUGCCAGACUAAGGGCCUGCGUGCUAGAUGAGGGCACGCGGGACAACUUACUUGCCCAGCGGAUAGAUGGCGGGUGGUGCAGUAGACAUCUCUAGCCAGAAUCCCCUGACUAACCCCGAGCCGCUCUGUGUGCGCAGUUGGUCAUCCGUUGGGUAUCGCCUAGGACACCAACACCAUCCCGGUGCACUUUCGCAACCCAAGAAAAGACUGAUACCCUGGGCUAGGAGAUCCCGGACUGCGGGUCGUGGCCCCCGAGCUGUGAGUCCAGGAAACUCAACUUCUGGCUGCAGUUUUAAGAGUCGAACCCAGAGGGUCUGCACUUGACCCUCUUUCCAGGCGGGCUGUGGUCUCCGCCAAGCAAAUCCAGGGGGCUUCGAGCCGUUCUCAGAGGAAGAGCCCCGCUGAUGCUGGCCGAACCACAACGGUUCUCCUCCGGGGACUUCAGGGUUCAGUUUCGGUCGGUCCUCCAGAUUCUUUCAGGCCUGGGCGAGCCAUGGAAGAGGCGCAGCCACCACGCCAAGUGCACUCCUGCCCUGCCUGUGUUGCAGGCUCAGGGCAGUAGGGGGCAGCGAGCGGGAUCGGGGUAGAUGGGCGUCUGGGAAGAAGGCGGAGAGAGUCAGAGGGAGUCCAGGGCGUCCGGCGCCCUGUGCCCACCCCCUCGGCGCCUGCGCACCCUUCCUGGCGCCCCGAGCCCCGCCAAAGGUCUGGGUCCCAUCCCGCUUUGCCCAAGCCUGGGGCAACUAGCGUACGGCCUCGCGGAGGAGAUCCCGCUGGGGCUCGCUGGGCGACGCGCGCCAAGCAGAGGCGGGAGGAGCAGAGCCCGGACCCCGACUCGGGCAGAGCCAGCUGGGGAGGCGGGGCGCGCGUGGGAGCCCGGGGCCCCGGCGGCCGGCCCUCCUCCCGCCACGGCUGAGUGCCCGCGCUGCCUUCCCGCCGGUCCGCCGAGAAAGGCGCUAAGCCUGCGCCAGCCCCCUCGCCGCCGCCUCCCUGCCCCACGCCCAUAUAACCCGCCGUCCCGCAGCCCGCCCCUCAGCCCAGAGAGGAGGCAGCGCUGCAGCCCAGCCCUUGGCGACGCCGACGCCCGGCCCGGAGCAGAAUGAGCAACGGCGUCGGGGAGAUGGCCCAGUCCUCUUCCUCCUCCUCUUCCUCCUCCACCUUCGAGCACCUGUGGAGUUCUCUGGAGCCAGACAGUACCUACUUUGACCUUCCCCAGCCCAGCCAAGGGAAUAGCGAGGCAACGGGCAGCGAGGAGUCCAACAUGGAUGUCUUCCACCUGCAAGGCAUGACCUCCUCCGUCAUGGCCCAGUUCAAUUUGCUCAGCAGCGCCAUGGACCAGAUGGGCAGCCGCGCGGCCCCGGCCAGCCCCUACACCCCGGAGCACGCCGCCAGCGCACCCACCCACUCGCCCUACGCGCAGCCCAGCUCCACCUUCGACACCAUGUCUCCAGCGCCUGUCAUCCCUUCCAACACCGACUACCCUGGUCCCCACCACUUCGAGGUCACCUUCCAGCAGUCGAGCACAGCCAAGUCGGCCACCUGGACAUACUCCCCACUUUUGAAGAAGUUGUACUGUCAGAUUGCCAAGACAUGCCCCAUCCAGAUCAAAGUGUCCACACCACCACCUCCGGGCACGGCCAUCCGGGCCAUGCCCGUCUACAAGAAGGCAGAGCAUGUGACCGACAUUGUUAAGCGCUGUCCCAACCACGAGCUUGGAAGGGACUUCAAUGAAGGACAGUCUGCUCCGGCUAGUCACCUCAUCCGUGUGGAAGGCAACAACCUCUCCCAAUAUGUGGAUGACCCUGUCACCGGCAGGCAGAGUGUGGUUGUGCCAUAUGAACCCCCACAGGUAGGAACAGAAUUCACCACCAUCUUGUACAACUUCAUGUGUAACAGCAGCUGCGUAGGGGGCAUGAAUCGGAGACCCAUCCUCGUCAUCAUCACCCUGGAGACCCGGGAUGGACAGGUACUGGGCCGGCGGUCUUUCGAGGGCCGCAUCUGCGCCUGUCCUGGCCGUGACCGAAAGGCCGAUGAAGACCAUUACCGGGAGCAACAGGCUCUGAAUGAAAGCACCACCAAGAACGGGGCUGCCAGCAAACGUGCGUUCAAGCAGAGCCCCCCUGCCAUCCCUGCCCUGGGUACCAACGUAAAGAAGAGACGCCAUGGUGACGAGGACAUGUUCUACAUGCAUGUUCGAGGCCGGGAGAACUUUGAGAUCUUGAUGAAAGUCAAGGAGAGCCUAGAGCUGAUGGAGCUUGUGCCGCAGCCUUUGGUUGACUCCUACCGACAGCAACAGCAGCAGCAGCUCCUACAGAGGCCGAGUCACCUGCAGCCUCCCUCCUAUGGGCCCGUGCUGUCCCCAAUGAACAAGGUACACGGUGGUGUCAACAAACUGCCCUCUGUCAACCAGCUGGUAGGCCAGCCUCCCCCACACAGCUCUGCAGCUGGGCCCAACCUGGGGUCCAUGGGUUCCGGGAUACUCAACAGCCACAGCCACAGCAUGCCAGCCAAUGGAGAGAUGAAUGGAGGCCACAGCUCCCAGACCAUGGUUUCCGGAUCCCACUGCACCCCGCCACCCCCGUACCAUGCCGACCCCAGCCUCGUCAGUUUUUUGACAGGGUUGGGGUGUCCGAACUGUAUCGAGUGCUUCACUUCCCAAGGGUUACAGAGCAUCUACCACCUGCAGAACCUCACCAUCGAGGACCUUGGGGCCCUGAAGAUCCCUGACCAGUACCGUAUGACCAUCUGGAGGGGCCUACAGGACCUGAAGCAGAGCCAUGACUGCGGUCAGCAGCUUCUACGCUCCAGCAGCAACGCGGCCACCAUCUCCAUCGGCGGCUCUGGCGAGCUGCAGCGGCAGCGGGUCAUGGAAGCCGUGCAUUUCCGCGUGCGCCACACCAUCACGAUCCCCAACCGCGGAGGCGCGGGUGGCGUGACGGGCCCCGACGAGUGGGCAGACUUUGGCUUUGACCUGCCUGACUGCAAGUCCCGUAAGCAGCCCAUCAAAGAGGAGUUCACAGAGACAGAGAGCCACUGAGGGGCGUCGUACCUUCUCCUUCCUGCCUUCCUCUGUGAGAAACUGCCCUUGGAAGCGGGACCCCUCUGUUGUGCCCACGGAAACAGCAAGGGCCUUCUGCCAGACGCCAUUCCUGAAGGGAAGUCGUUCAUGAACUAAGUCCUCCCAGGAAACUUCUGGAACUGCCCUUAACUACACAUACACAAGGGCAGGUUGUGGGCCAAGUGCUUAGACAGGGACUGUCCCUUUGUGGGUAGGUACACCAUAUCCAUUCCCUCCUCCCCUCUAUUGAGGACUCUGCCAACUCCAGGACAGAGCAGCAUCCUUCGCUCGAUAACCCUCUGCCACGAAGUAUUCCAGCGUCUUCUGUUCCCGAUAGCCACACGCAGCCAGCCGGGCCUCCCUGUCUUCUGCACUUUACGUGCGGGUUGAUUCCACUGUGUUUUGAAGGUGAAGUCAGGGCCGGAGACAUCCUCUGCAGGAGGUGGGGACACAUCUGUCCCUGAUGUAGGUUAUUCCACCGUUCCUCCCUGUCUCCCGAGGCUUGGUUGCUGGGGUUAGGGAAAGCUAGACGGUGGCAGAGCAGAGGAAGAGGCUGGCCUCAAGCCUCCAGCCAGCACCCUGAACAUGCUGGCCACAGCAGCCUCGAUGAAGCUCUCCCCCGGCAGACAGAGGGACAGAAUGAGUCUCAGAGGACUGAAAAUUGAAUUGUCAAUAUUUGAUAAAAAAAAACAAAACAACAAACAUUACUCUUCUACUUGGUGGGUCAGCUUGCUUUUUGCCCCCCUCUGGCUCUUUUCAGCAUUUCCUUCUGAGAUCAACCUAGCGUGUCCACCACACGAGCUUCUCAACAAGUCUUUAAAAAAAAAUAAAGAAAAGAGUGUCAAGCCAGGAAGGGUUGGAUGGGAGUGCGGGUUAGACCCCAGCUGUGAGGAACAUCGGUUCUGCCCUCGCUAAGUGCUCAGAGUCUAGGCUCUGUGCCCAAGUGCCAGCCCAUCCUUGUGGGCUGGAACUGGGGUGACUGCUGGAGGCCCUGGUCUUCCUAUGCACCCCCAAGGAGUCAGUAGACUUGAGAGAGAGCUCCUUUGUGCACUCAGCCACUGAGGCCUUGUACCUGCCAGAAACUCUGUGAACUUCUACAAUGAGAGCCCCCGGCAGUCGCUGCUAGGAGUGGAAGGAGCUCUUGCCUCAGGAAAGCCCAACUGCCUGCUGAGGUUCUGUGGAGCCGUUUCUCUUAGGCCUGGCUCUCAUUAGCAUGGCCCAACAGCUGCAGUGAAGGCCGUGGACUGGUCACAGAGUCAGCACUACCAGGACUGGCUUCAGACCAGGGCUGCCUCCUAGAAGCACAGGAGCAAAUGUCGCCAACCUUAUCAAGCUCUGCAAAGUUAGGUGGCUACCACCCACACCGUGCUUCAUGAGUCUCUGAGGGGCAGGAUUCGGGUGCACUUAGGGUUGGUGCAAACAUCACAUUGGCAGAGAACAGAGCUGGCCAUGCCGGCCCUUCCAACUUGACAGCUUAGCCUCUGGGGGUCCUGCACCCAGAAGGGCCAUAACAGCUGCAGCAUCAGGCUUAGAGCUUCCAGGGUGCAGGGCAUGGCCAUCCCAGUAAGCGGUGACACACCUCACAGAGCCUGAGGUUGAACACAUGCUUGUUGAUGAGGAAGAGGAAGCUGAGGCUGGAUGGAACUGAGUUCCCCGCUGCAGGCAUCAGCUCACUGCAGAGGCAUGUUCUCACUCCUGAGGUACACGCUGCCCCAUGCUACCUCGGGGACUAGGCAGCACAUGCUCACUCCUAGGCCUGUGAGCCCCACUGUGAGACGUGCUUGAGUUCUGGGGUGUCACGUACGUAUGCCUCAGGCACUGUCCAGGAGGGGCCAUCCUAAGCGCCCCACCACAUGCUCCUGAAAAGACUUCAGAGGAGUGGCUGUCACCAGGCAUCUGAGGAAUGAAGACCCUAUCUCUGGUGAGGACCUAGGGCUGUGUGUCUCCCCAGACCCCUGCCUCAAGUGCCAAAGCUGUCUCAUGAGCUUCUGAGAUCCUGACAGGCCUGGAGGGAACUGCAAAGGGCCAUCUGCCAGGAAACAAAUGUCACAGAGGCAAGGCUUGCUGUGACUGAUUAGCUCUCCUCCGGGAAAUGGCCUUUGGGUCUGAAACAAACUUUGUUCUGCAAAAGACAGAAAGCAAGAGGAAGAAAUUUUCCAGUCACCAGGUUUCCCAGGAACACUGAAGUGCUAGUCUGGAAGCGAGUUUGGGGGUGGCCUGGAACACAUCUGUUGAGCAAGGGCGGGUACCUCAAGGCUCUACAAGCCACUCCAGCCUCAGCCUGUACAACCCGUACGGUCCCAGGGAGCUUUGAGCAUCCAGUUAACAGCCACUCCCAUGCCCCUUCCCGGCCCUGCUGACCAUGCCUUGGGCUGCUUUGAGCUUUGAGCUUACAGCACCAGCACUUGUUCCCUGGGCAAGAACCCUGUGUGAGUCAACAGUUGCUACUUAGAACAGCAUUUCAGACUGGAGGCAAAAACCAAAACCAAACUGUCCACGUUUCAAUGGAUGAAAUGCUUCUCCAAGCAGUAUUGAUGGAUACAGUCCAAUGACUCUAUGAACUGUUUUGGGUGAUGUCAUCUUAGGAAAAAAAUGUGUUAUUUUUUUAGCUGUGUUUCAGUGGGAUUUUUUGUUUUUGUAAUAUAAUAAAAAUCACAUGUUCCCA